AUGGCUUCUGUAGUUGUUAACCCGACCCAGUCCACUCCCCCUCCUAAUACCGGCACGGCCAGUCCUGUUAACGCGACGCGAGUUUACCUUCCGGAUGUUGACCACGAGUUCGGGCUGCCAUGCGGAAGAAGGUUCUACGAGGCUAAGGCUGCAGUGGCGGAUCAGCGCUGCCAGGCGACAUCGGAUGCCAUUGCGUCGGUCACCAGUAGCGGAAAGAGGAGCCGCAUUACUGACUACUUGGAGACGGAUGCGGCAGCUGGGAAGUGCGAUGCACAUGAGGCGUUGGCGCUCAUGUUCGAGGCGUGUCGCAUCCCGGAGCGCGUCGCGGAGCACCCUCUCUUCAUCAACGCCGUCUGUGACAUUGGGGACGCCGGCACUGGAUACGUCCCCCUGAAGCGGACGUUCAUCGGCGGGGCGGGCUUGCGACUCUGCUGCGAGAACAUCGACAAGGGGCUUUCUGGAACAGCGUGGAUUGCCGCAUGGAGACCAAAACCGGUGGUCGCUAGCAUCCUCAAGCCCAUGGUGGAGGUCGGUCUGGAGAACAUGGUGGCGUUCUGCACAGACGGUGGGUCCAACUACGCGGUGGCGUGCAACGAGUUGAUCGCGGAACGACCGCACAUUCAACACGUGCCAUGUGCCACCCACGUCAUGUACCUCUUCAUGGAGGACAUCGGUAAGAUGCCGUGGGCCAAGAAGGUGGAGGACCCUGCGGGCGAGAUCAGCUCCUUCGUCCGCAACCACCACUUGAUGAGGGGAUACUUAAGGACCCCAGAACUGUUGGGGAUAGGAAGAAGGCUGCAAAGAAAGUUUGCAGCGCAAGUUCUUGAUGAUGCGUGGUGGAAAACGGCGGAGUUUUUCUGCAAGCUGAUGAAGCUCCCGUUCAUGGCAAUGCGUAAGACCGAUGGGGAUGCCAAGGGGAUGAUGGGCCGCAUGUAUGACAUGAUGCUGCCAUUGAUCGAGGAUGUGGGGAUAGUGGUGGAGGAGGAUGAGGAGCAGCUGAGCUACUCCGACAAAGUGCACAUCCACCGCCUGCUGAAGAACAGGUGGGACGGCAGCCUGGCCUGCCCCAUGCACGUUGCGGGCCGGAUUUUUCACCCGGCGAACCAGGAUGAAGACAUCUUUGGCUCUGAUACGGAGUGCACUAAGGUAUCCAAAGCGUUCAUCACUCAACACGCCAAGCACCUCAGCAAUCACAGGAAGGAGUGGGAUGAUGGGGAUGGUAUUGGCGAGUUUUUGAUGGAACUACAAGAAGGGAACAUGUCGGAGCCUUCCGUGCCCGAGGGCUACAAUGUGGUGGAGGGGGACGAGGAGGAGGAGGAGGGGGAAGAUGGGGAUGAGUAUACAUAG